AUGGAUGAUGUAGUCGAGCGGCAGCUUCUGAGGGACAGGAACGGCAAAUACAUCAAUCAGCGGGAGCUGAUCUGGAAAUCGACUCAACUUAAGGUACUCGAUGUGGCCAAACCUUUGAUGUCGCUUUGGAAUCGCUUCCCUGAGAACUCGGAGGAGGCCGUUAUACUCGAGUGCGCCAUUCGUCUCUGGGCAGAAGCGCACUUUUACAUUUCAAAGAAUCGUAGGUCCAACGUGAUGAACAGCGUGUACCCGCGUUUUAAAAAUCUGCUGAAGGACCCAUCUAAGUUUUCGCCGGCGGAAGUUGGCCAUCUCUUCGGGCCUUCCUUUACGAGCGCGUUACUUCAGGCGGCAGACGAAGACGCGAAAUUACAGAAAGUGGCGGCAUCAGGAAGAGGAAAGAGCUUGAAGAAACCUCAUCAGCAUCCAGCCGAAAAGAGAGCCGAGCAGCAGCCUAGCACAUCAAGGCACAAGGAUACCGGAGAAAAAAGAAUCUAUCAGACAAGGUAUGCAGCCAAUCCGGUAUCUUUUCCUAUUAGUUUAAGCCCCGAUUUAGUUGGGGCUAGAAUUAAGUUGUUUGGCAAUGCGUGGCGUGCAAUUUCUAAAGACCCCUGGAUAUUGAGCGUGGUGGAACGGGGUUUUUUCAUCGAUUUUGUAUCCCGACCGUUGCAAAAGACGGAACCACCGGAGAGCGUAAUGGGCCAGCAGAUGGAAGUGGUGUGCGCUGAAGAGGUGGCCAGCCUACUGAGAAAAGGGGCCAUCAUAGAAGCUACGGAAACUCCGGGUUUUUUCAGCAACAUCUUCGCGAUCCCAAAGAAAAGCAGAGGUUUUAGGCCCAUUAUUAAUUUAAGAAAUCUAAAUAGGCACAUCCGUUAUGAGCAUUUUAAAAUGGAGGGCCUUGAUGUAGUAAGAAAUCUUUUACAAAAAGGGGAUUGGUUAGCAAAGCUAGACCUCAAGGACGCUUAUUUAACAGUUCCCGUGUGCCACGCCCACCAACCUUUUUUACGUUUUCGCUGGAAGGGGACCGCAUUCCAAUUCACAUGUCUGGCCUUUGGCCUUGCACCAGCACCGCGGGCUUUUACAAAGCUUUUGAAGCCGGUGAUGGCCGCCCUUCGUUCAAAAGGGGUAAGAGUAGUUAUAUACCUGGACGAUAUGUUGUUUCUGAACCAAGAUAGGAAAGGGCUUGUGGAGGAUGUGGAAAUGGCCGUCGAACUCCUUCUGUCUCUCGGGUUUUUGAUAAAUUGGGAUAAAUCCCUCAUAGAACCUUGCCAUUCAAUUGAAUAUUUGGGCAUGGUCAUUGAUGCCCAGUCCCUCUCCUUCAUUUUGCCGGAAGAAAAAAGAAUGAAGACGCGGAAGUUAUGCGUUCAGGCUCUGGAGAGAAACGGGAUUAAGCUGCGAGAUUUAGCCAAAGUUAUGGGGAAUUUCGCCUGGGCCAUUCCGGCCGUCCCUUUCGCCCAGUCUCACUAUAGAAAAGUGCAAGCCGAACUCAUCCGCGCGCUGAGAAAAAAUGACGGGAAUUUCGAUGGUUUCAUCUCCCUAUCCGACGAGGCAAAGGCCGACCUGAAUUGGUGGGUGAGUAACAUGGACCUAACGGAAGGAAAGGUUUUGUUUCCCGGCGAACCGGAUUUAAUAAUUUUUUCUGAUGCUUCUUUGAGCGGAUGGGGAGCCUCCUGCAACGGCGUGACAACGAGGGGCCCUUGGACCCCAACAGAAGCCGCCUGUCACAUAAACGAGCUUGAGCUCUUGGCCGCCUUUUUCGCCCUCCAAUCCUUCACAGCGAAGGCGUCCGACAUUUUUGUUUCGUUACAGAUGGACAAUAGCACGGCGGUGUGCUACGUAAAUAAAGGAGGAGGCACGCGUUCCUUUUCGCUUACGCGAGUGGCCGGAGAAAUUUCGUCUUGGUGCGAAAAACGGCGCAUUUCAAUUCAAGCGGUGUAUUUACCCGGGCAUCUUAACACGAUUGCAGAAAGAGAAUCGCGGGCGAAACCAGACUGCAGCGAUUGGCUAUUGAGCCGAGCAACCUUCCGGAAGCUGAAAGCGCAAUGGGAUUGCGAAGUGGACCUUUUCGCGACGGCUUGGAACCGACAGCUGGAACGGUUUUAUUCCUGGCGGCCACAACCAGGAGCAAUGGGGACCGACGCUUUCACCGUGAGCUGGAAAGAAUUAAGCGCCUACGCCUUCCCUCCCUUCGGUCUGGUCUCCAGGAGCCUCGCGAAAAUCAGGAGGGAGCGAGCAUCAUUAGUAUUGGUGACCCCAUAUUGGCCCAGCGCAGCGUGGUUCCCACUCGUUUUGGAGCUAGUGACGGACGUGGCGCUAGUCAUGAAGCCGGACGUCGAGUUGCUGACUUCACCUAUCGGAGAACCUGACCCCCUGCCGUUAUGGUUAGUCGCAUGGAGACUCUGCGGAGACGUUUCACAGGCCAAGGCCUUUCGGAUUCGGUGGUCAACUUACUGUUGGAAGGAUCGCGCCGGACCACAAGAUCUGCUUAUCAGUCCGCCUGGAACCAUUGGCACAGUUGAGUACCUGACGGAACUGCAUGCUGCUGGUUACUCCUACAGCCUUCUGAAUUUGCAUCGUUCAAUGCUGUCGUCCACUCUGGAGCAAUCGGGUACCAUUCCUGUCGGCCAAUUACCUUCCGUCAAGCAGUUGCUGAAAGGGGCUUUCAAUCGCAAACCUCUUUUUUAA